UCAACCAGAUUGAAAUUUCUCUUGCACGUUGAAUUUCCAAUUUGGUUCCGGAGUUCCGCUUAAUCCAAUUUGGUUCCGGAGUUCCGCUUAAUAUAUUACUUUCGAAUGUUUUACGAUAUUCCGGUUUUAAAUUCUUCAGCUGACUUGUUAGACCACACAAAUCAUGAUGACUUCUCCUCCUCCUCCUCGUCCUCUGUCUAGAUGCAAUGCCCUUGAGCUUUCCACCGUCACCAAAAGAGGAAAGAAACACGGUUUGGUGGCAUACGGGAUGGAUAGAUUGCCGGAUGAGAUCCUGAUUGUCAUUCUGUCCUGUUUGAAUCUCAAGGAAGCAGUGAGGACCAGCAUCAUUUCACGCAGGUGGAGAUAUUUAUGGCGGUUUACUUCUUGCAGUCUCGAAUUUCUUAACCAAUGGGAUGGAAACCCGGGUACCUGGGUAGAACCAACUGUUUUUCUAAGCUGGGUGGAUCAAGUUGUCAAAUUGCAUCAGGGGCCAUCUGUAGAUAAGUUUAUUGUACACUGCCAAGGAAUAACUGAUGAGAGUCCUAACCGUAUUUGUGAUUGGAUUCAUUUUGCAAUGGAAAAGGAAGUAAAGGUUUUUGAAUUGGACAUAUCAUGUCAUGAUUUUCCUGACCUCAACAAGUUUUUGUCGAUUUCAAGGGAAGUGAAGCCUAGUGUGGAUCGAAUUGGUCUCACCUCGUUGACAUCCUUGAGACUGGUCGAUGUGAACGUCAAGGAUGAGAUGAUUGAGUAUCUUUUAUCCAGUUGUCGACAUCUUGAACAUCUCUGUAUAAAGUUUGAUAAUUAUAUGAAGAAACUGAAUGUUCUUAGUUCAUCUUUAAAGUCCUUGAGUAUAUUCUAUUGCACAAAAUUGAAAAGUUUGACAAUUUCUGCUGCAAAUCUUCUGUCUUUUGUGUACGGGGAAGCAUCUAUGUCACCUGUAUUGAAACUUCAACUUCAGAAUGUUCCUCUCCUAUCAGAGCUUCAGUUGAAGGGACCGCAUUGUGGAUCAUUUUUAUUUGAGCCUUCGGAGCAUUCAAAAUACAGUCAUCAGUUGCAGAGGCUUGUCUUGAAUGUGCCCAUGCUGGACGUUGUUUCUGCACCGAGGCAUGAUCAUUCUUUAUUUGGACUUCCUCAAUUGCAAUGUCUCAAACAGCUGGAUUUGAUCCUUCAUGCAAGGGCUGGUGAAAGCUUUCUCUUCUUUGUCUUGUUGACAACAGCAUGCCCUUUCUUGUCUAGUUUGGGUGUCGUGAUGUUCUAUGACUCGCUGGCUUCUAAAGAGGCGAUUGCCACUGGUCUUCGUCGCUACAAUCGUGCAAAGGCAGAUCUUACUGCUCAUGGCCAUCCAUGUCUUAAAGUGAUCAAGUUGAUUAAUUUUGCUGGUUACAGGAGCGAUUUUAGGUUUGCAUUGGCAUUACUGCAAAUUGCUAAGUCACUCGAGAAGAUAAUUAUCAAGCCUGGCCCUGGAUUUCUUGGAGCUGAGAGGAUUGCAACAGUAAGAGAACGGGCAAAACAGCUCGAAGCAAACUUACCACAAGGAGCUGAACUGCUGAUAGUUUCAGAUCUGCAAAUAGGUUCAGAUCUGCGAACUUACCACAAGGAGCUGAACUGCUGAUAGUUUCAGAUCUGCAAAUAGGUUCAGAUCUGCGAACACAAUGAGUCGCAAACUUAUAGUCGGUUGUAAUUUAUACGAUUGCAAAAGUAGUCAAUAAAAUUUGGACCAGUAACCAGGAAUUUCUUUUUAUCAUGAGAAGGGUUUGGUUUCGAAAUCUUUUUCUCA